AUGGCAGACUGGAAGGUACCAGUGAGCUUCAACCCAUCCUACCACGCUUUUACCUAUGGUCUCGUGUACCAACCAGGGGCUGAGCAAAACCAUCCUAACUUCUCCAGCUGGACAGAGGCCACAUACAACUCUGGGGUCAGCGCCAGCUACUACUCGCAAGCGCAGCCACAGCAUCAAUCACCAUCCUGGAGUCCCGAACUAAACAAUGCUGGCACGAGCAAUGGCCAAUACCCGGGUUCUGCUGUAUGUCUUGGUGACCCUCACAGCCAUACACAGAGUGGCCGCCUCUUCAUUUCCAACAACCGGACUCCGCAUGAUCCGCAAACGGAGACCAAGCGGCCAAGUAGCGACACCCAGAGCGACUCAGAGACUCACACCUCACCAGAGUCUUUGAGUUCAGUGAACGACCGAGAGGAGUACAAUCCGCAAGCCAACUAUACAACUUGGGUGAGAAAUGAGUUGGAGACAGCCAGUGGAAGCUCAAAUGGCAAUGAGCAUGUCUCCAGUUCGCAUCCAGAGGAGUUUCGAAGUCCACACGUUAUGGGGGGUGAGAACUGCACCCUGCAGCCAUUGCCCCCUUCUUCCCCGGAGAAAGUGGACAAGAAUAUCCCCAAACAGAAAGCUCGAACUGCUUUCUCAACAGGCCAAAUGGAUGCCCUUACUCAUAGGUUUACCAUGCAGAAGUACCUCACCCCUGCUGAGAUGAAGACCCUGGCUAGACUGACUGGGCUUACUUACAAACAGGUAAAAACAUGGUUCCAGAAUCGCAGGAUGAAACUGAAGAGGCACCAGAAAGACGACAGCUGGGCAUCCCCUGGCUACCCCAACAUGCCACAGCGCCCCCAGUUUCAGGGCAAACCCCAAGCACAGAUCCAGGACCACACCAUUGCUCAACAGUUUCGAGAGACCAUGUUAAGGAGUCCUCAACAUAACCUGCCUUACUAUGCUGUUGGGUAUCCUCGGCUAUCCUCUCCCCCCCAGCCCCCUGCAAGGCCCCCGGGCAUCUGGCCCCUGCCCCCAGCUGUGACUCACCAUGAGUACCCCAAUGGCUACAGCACGGUCAGUGCAAACCACUUUCCUAGCAUCAACAGUGAUGACUGGAAAGUCAUGAGCCCCAUGCAAAAGUCUAGCCAAUAAUCAACAAGAGGUCAAAUGUUAGUGGUCAUGGUGGUAAAUUUACUGGAUUGUCAACCUAUUACAUUUUUGUUUUGAAUGAUUAUUACAAUUAAGCUUAGACAGGAAAUUCUCAUUUGGUGACGAGGUGUUGGCUUAUCUUAUCAAUCUGUUUUAACCAUUCGCCAGCCCUGUGUGAAAAUUGUAUCCCCUCAUAUUCUUUAAAAUAAUCUGAAUCUGUUCUUAUCUGUGUAUUUAAUAUCGUUGCUGUUUUGACACACUGCUUUUUGAUACUACUCUGAUGAAGCUUUGCUGUGUCUAUGCUGGAAGUGGCAUGCUUUUAUUCCCUCACUAGCCUAUUUGACGUGAUCUGUGCAAGGCACUACUAGAUGUUACACGUUCCUACUGAAUGUUUGUUGGUCCAUGCCACACCAGAUUUUUAUGCUAUUGGAUGCUCUUAACAUUACUGCCAUGUUUUAUGACCUCGUUGUACAGUGGUGAUGCCCCC